AAGACCAAUCAAGUUUUUGCCUGUGUGUGUGUGUUUCAUCUUAGCAAACCUUCAAGAACCACUCGAUGGACUUGAAUAAAAUUUCAAGAAAUGUUUAGUAGCUAUACAUCAAGAUAAAAAACUUGUCUUCUCAAGGUCAAAACAGGACAUUUUGAAUAAAAUGUCUUAAAGGCUCAGACACAUUAAAACACAUCAAAGAACAAGUCCCACAUUAAAUUCCAACACCCCAUACCAUAUAAAAUACCUACAAAACUACCUACACAUAAAACCCAUACACAGGUAAUCAACAUAUGCAUGUUUGGUGAAUAACAAUACCCAGAGUACCAACUGAGACACAAGAGACCACUGGGUGAAUGUUGGUACCUGUGAUGGAUCCGCAGCAUGAGAUAACAGGGCGAGUAUCUAAUUAUUGAUUGUAAAUACUGAAUGCAACAAGUCAGAUUUAUUUUACUUGGUUUUCUUCUAACAGGCUUGGAGAGAGAGAGGACUGGAGGAUUCUAGGGGGAGCUGUCAAACCAAGGAGACCACUUGUAGGUUGUUAGUUCCAAAGAGCGAGGUCCAAGGUAACCACGAAGGAUGUCGACCAUUCUGAAGGGUGGAACAGAUUCAGGAAGCGAGAGACUGAGUGAUCAGGUCAUCAGGAUAGAUGUGCGCUCGGAGAGACAGAUCCAGCUGCUGCAAGCUUUGGAGACUGAAGAGGAAUUUGAGCUGGAUUUCUGGCUCCAGCCAGUCUCUACUGAGCUUCCUGUAGACAUCCGAGUGCCUCGCUCCAGUCUGAGUUCUGUGAAGGAGUACCUCCAUGUCCACGACAUCCCCUUCACUGUCAUGAUUGAUAAUCUUCAGGAGCUUCUCAAUCAGGAGAAAGCAGAGAUGGAGAUGAACCAGAUGUCGGAGCACAGCACCAGGAGCUUUAACUUUGGAGCAUAUCAUAACCUGGAGACAAUCUACAGCUGGAUGGACACGCUAGUGGCUCAGCACCCCAACGUAGUCACCAAGCUGGAAAUUGGCAGAUCUUAUGAGAACAGGCCCAUGUAUGUGCUGAAGUUCAGCACUGGGGGCAGCAAGCGCCCCGCUAUCUGGAUCGACCUCGGUAUUCACUCCAGAGAGUGGGUGUCUCAGGCCACAGGGGUGUGGACAGCCAACAAGAUUGCCAAUGAUUAUGGCCAUGACGCCUCCCUGACCUCUCUUCUUAACACCAUGGACAUUUACAUGCUGAUCCUGGCCAACCCCGACGGUUACGUUUACACCCACACCAACGAUCGUAUGUGGCGGAAAACCCGCUCCCAGAACCCAGGAUCUGUGUGCCGUGGAGUCGAUCCCAACAGGAACUGGGAUGCAGGCUUUGGUGGCCCUGGUGCCAGCAGCUUCCCCUGCUCUGACUCCUACCACGGCCCUUUUGCUCACUCUGAGAUCGAGGUGAAGAACGUGGUGGACCUAGUCAAGGGCCACGGAAACUUUAAGGCCUUCAUCUCCGUCCACUCCUACUCCCAGCUGCUCAUGUACCCCUAUGGCUACUCCUGCUCAAGCAUACCCCAUCAGUCCGAGCUGGACUCUAUCGGCAAAGCAGCAGUAGAGAAACUGACUUCUCUCUAUGGCACCCAGUACAAAGUUGGAAGUAUCUGCAACAUCAUUUACCAGGCCAGUGGUGGAAGCAUUGACUGGUCUUAUGAUAUGGGCAUCAAAUACUCCUUUGCCUUUGAGCUGAGAGACACCGGGCGCUAUGGUUUCAUCCUGCCGGCUGCUCAGAUCAUUCCCACCGCCUCAGAGACCUGGUUAGCCCUGAAGCACAUCAUGGAGUAUGUCCGAGACCACCUGUACUGAAGAGCCUUUUGAUCGUGCUGAACGGUGCAGUUUUAGGUCAACCAGCUCAGUUUCCUCAACAUUCUGUGAUCAAUAAAGACACAACAAGCUCA